AUGGUACGAGUAUUCGUUAAGUGGGGAAAGGAACGAUUCGAAGUGGAAGCAAAUACGAACGAUUCACCGCUUCAACUAAAAUCACAACUGUUUUCCUUAACAGGUGUGAAUCCGGAUCGGCAAAAAGUGCUCAUUAAAGGUAAAAUUCUUGGUGAUAACAGCUGGGAUGGUUGUGAGUUGAAAGAUGGUAUGAUAAUGAUGAUGAUUGGUAGUGGGGGCGUAGUCCCGCCACCUCCACCAAUUAGCAGUCUUGAAGAAAGCUUUGAUGGUAUGGAAGCUGAGACGUCAAAUUCAAUCAUUCUACCAACAGGUUUGAAGAAUCUAGGCAAUACAUGUUACCUGAAUGCAACUUUGCAGUGUUUCAAGGUAAUACCAGAACUAAGGGAAGCGUUAAGCAAAUAUUCUGAAUCAAUUCAAAGUUCAUCCGUUGAUGGUGAGGGUGGCUCGAAAGCUCUUACAGCUGCUGUUCGUGACUUGUAUCGGAUGAUGGACAAUCAAAAGUCAAAAAGCUUUGGCGGUGUUAUUCCACUUAUUAUGAUACAGGUAGUACAUAAUGUCCUUCCACAAUUUGCGGCUAGAGAUGAACAUGGAUGGAUGCAACAGGAUGCAAAUGAGUGCUGGACUGAGCUACUUCGGGCUUUUCAGACUCAACUGAAAGUUGCAGAUUCCGAGUCAUCUUCAAAGGAUGAUUUGGCAUCCAUAAUUUCAAGAUAUAUGGAAGGUAGGUUCAAGAUUGAAAUGAAGAAUCUGGAAUCCGAUGUCGAACCUGUUAGUGUCACAAAUGAAACUUUUCUGCAGCUAAGUUGUUUCCUUAGCCAAGAAGUUAAGUAUGUGCAACUCGGCAUUAAAGGUAAACUGACGGAGGAAAUUAUCAAAAAGUCAGCAGUGCUUGGACGUGACGCUAGAUAUGAGAAGAAGACUUUGAUCGAUCGUCUUCCGGCUUAUCUCUCAAUACAGAUGGUUCGGUUUUUCUACAAGGAAAAGGAUAAGGUCAAUGCAAAGAUUUUAAAAGACGUUAAAUUUCCCCUCAUUCUCGAUUUGUACGACAUGUGCACUCCCGAAUUACAGCAGGAGUUAUUGCCGGCACGGGAUGCUUUUAAAGAGGAGGAGGACAAAAAAGUUGAAAAACUAAGAGCAACAAAAACUUCUGAUGAGAUAACUCAUCCUUCCAGACCGGAUGAGGAUGAGAAAAUCGAAAAAGCUUUUCCUUUUAGUUUUAGUAAUGAUCCUGGAUCAAAUAAUAGUGGAUAUUAUGAAUUGCAAGGAGUUAUAACACACAAAGGUCGUUCAUCCAGUAGUGGACAUUAUGUCGCAUGGGUUCGCGUGAAAGAAAAUCAUUGGGCAAUGUGUGACGAUGAUGAAGUACAUCCAGUCAGUACAGAAGAUAUUUUGAAGUUAUCAGGUGGUGGUGAUUGGCACUGUGCAUACGUGUUACUUUAUGGUCCAAGAAUAUUGAAGAAAUAA